AUGGAGGACAAUGAAAGUUUUAAAGAGAAGUCUGUUUCAGACAGUAAGCUCGGCAUCAGUAAAUUUAAGAGCAAACCUUUCUAUGGAAACAGAAUGCACAGAUGGGAAGAUGGAACAAUAUAUAUGGGAGAUUUUAUCGAUGGAAAAAUAACAGGAAAAGGAGUGAUGUUAUUUCCAUCAGAAAUAAAGGACACAGAUCAUGGUGACGACCCCCUUACAAUGGAUAUCGACAUUGAAAAUCUUAUAAACAAAAGAGAAUACACACUGUUUAAUGGAACAAUAUACGAGGGUGAUUGGGUUAAUGGAGAAAUGACAGGGAAAGGAAUGUUGAUAUUGACAUCAAAAGUAAAGUAUGAGGGGGAAUUCUUUAAGGAUUAUUGUAAUGGUCAUGGCACCCUUACAAAACCUAAUGGAGAUGUCUACAUUGGUAAAUUCAAGAAUGAUUUUUUCCAUGGAAAUGGAAAGUAUACAUGGAAAGAUGGAACAAUAUACGAGGGAAAUUGGGUUGAUGGAAACAUGUCAGGAAAAGGAAUGAUGACAUGGCGAUCAGGAACAAAGUAUGAGGGGGAAUUCUUUGAGAAUUAUAUUCAUGGGAAUGGCACUCAAACUUGGAAGAAUGGAAGUAUGUAUAUUGGAAAUUGGAAAAACGAUAAAGCAGAUGGAAUAGGGAUUAUGAAGUGGAUUGAGGGUGAUGUUUUUGAUGGUUAUUGGUCAAAUGGAUUUAUGCAUGGAUAUGGAAUUUUUAUAUUUUCACAAGGAGAUGUCUAUAUGGGUGACUUUAAGAGUGACCUUUUCCAUGGAAAUGGAAUUUACACGUGGGUAACUGGAGAAAUAUAUGAGGGUGAUUGGAUUGAUGGAAAUAUAACGGGAAAAGGACUAGUCAUAUGGCCAUUAGAAACCAAAUAUGAGGGCGAAGACUCUUCGAGAUACAUUCACUCUCACAACACCUUACAAAAACAAACAUGGGGAUGCAAAAUGGUGUAUUCCAAUAUGAAUACUUAUGAAGGUUCAUUGAAAGACGGACUUUAUGAAGGCAAUGGAAGGUGUACUUGGAGGAAUGGAUGUGUCUAUAUUGGAAACUUUAAAAAAGGGAAACAAGAUGGGAGUGGGAUUAUGACGAGGGCUAAUGGUGAUAUUUAUGAUGGUUUUUGGUCAAAUGGACAUAAAAAUGGAUAUGGAGUUUAUAGAUAUGCAAAUGGAAGAAUCUAUGUUGGGACAUGGAGUAAUGGCCUAAAAGAUGGAAAAGGAUCACUCUACUAUCCUUAUCAUAGUAAAAAACCAUCUCUAGUAAAGAAGUUAGGUGCCAUUCUUAAUUAUAAGAAUCCAAAAUCAAGAUUUAAUCCUAGUUUUUCAAAAAAAGCAUCAAUAAAUGAAGGUCAAUCUGAGCCAUCUUCUAUGAGUUUUAAGGUUUAUGAAAGGGAAUAUAAGAAAGGAGUUCUAAUUAAAGAGAAAAUUAUAAAUUUUUCAGAGAAGCCACACGGUAAUAAAACCAAAAGGCCAGAUAAAUUAAAUGGGAAGCAAGCAAAUAAAAGUUCAUGGAUGAGAUUAGUUGAUCUUUCAUGUUUUCCUUUUCGUACCUUAUUUGUGACUGCAUUAAGGAUGGUGAAUCUCAAAUAA